AUGGAAAAAGAAUGUGAAAGUAUAAAAAGUGAUAUAGAUGGUGAAGAAAAUGAAAUAGAAAUAAAUGAAAUAUAUAAUAAGAGUAGUUUUAUUAAUAGUAGAGGGGCAAGAUUAAUACGAAUAAUGUCUGAGUUUGUUGGUGUGCAAGAUGCAUUAAAAGAUGAGGGUAUUUUUUUUACUGUUGUAGUUUUUGGUUCAUCCAGAUCACUAAGCAAAGAAAAAUAUGAAUCAAAAAAAAAUGAUCUUGAAAAAAAGUUGGAGAAUUUUAAUGAAAAAAUAAAAAGUAAUAUUGAAUUAGUAGAUGAGGAACUGAAAGAAUAUAACCAUAUAAAAAAGGAAUUAGAAGAUCUCGAAAAAUUAAAAUGGACUAUUGAAUUUUAUAAAAAAAUAUAUGAACUUUCAAAAAUGUUAACUUUUUUUUUUAGUACUGAUGAGGGUCAAAAAGCAGUGAAUAAUAUAUCAUCCCAUUUGCCGAAAGUUCAUAAUUUUUUACCUAAUAAAAAGGAACAGAAAACCCCCAACAUUUUUACUGUUGCUAUAUGUACAGGAGGUGGACCAGGAUUUAUGGAGGCAGCAAAUAAAGGAAGUAAAGAUGCAGGUGGGAAAUCUAUAGGUUUCAUGAUUUCCUUACCUUUUGAAAAGGGGGCUAAUCCUUAUGUUGAUAAAAGUUUGUCAUUUAAAUUUCAUUAUUUUUUUACAAGAAAAUUUUGGCUGGUUUAUUUAUCGUUAGCUUUUAUUAUAUUACCUGGAGGUUUUGGAACACUGGAUGAAAUGAUGGAAAUAUUGACUUUAAAACAAUGUAAGAAAUUUAAAAGAGAUGUACCCAUUGUUCUACUUGGAAAACAAUUCUGGUUUGAUGUUUUGAAUUUUCAAAAGUUAGUUGAUUAUGGUGUUAUAUCUCAAACGGAUUUAGAUAGUAUAUUUAUUACUGAUUGUGUUGAUGAAGCUUAUAAUUUUGUAAUUAGUCAUUUAAAAAAUACUCCCUGUUUAUCUAAUAGUUUAUAA